CCAACAAGCAGACUUCCAAUGAACUUGGAUUUAAUGCUUUCCAACCACGGCAAGUAGCAACCAAUAAACCUGGCUCAAGUGAGACUUCUCGCCUCAAAAUCUACGAAGUAGAAAUUGUCCGAUUAAGAAAAGCUUUUGGAAUUUUAUGA